GCGGCGGUCUAGGGAAGCCCGGCGCAGGGCUCUGAGGAGGGAGCGGCCGGCUGGCCGGGCGCGCGGAGCCACAGCGUUAUGGAGGAAGGCGCGGCGCCCGGCCGCCUGUGACCGAGCGUGGCGAGCCCGAGCGGCCCGCGGCGCCCGUGGCGCGGAGAUGAGCAAGUCCGCUGCUCUGCUGCUCUGCCUGCUCGGCUGCCACGUUUGGAAGGCAGUCACCAAGACGCUGCGGGAGCCCGGCGCGGGAGCCCAAGAGGUGACCUUGAAGGUGCACAUUAGUGACGCCAGCACCCACCAGCCCCUCGCAGAUGCGCUCAUUGAGAUCUUCGCCAACCAGGUGUCUGUUGCCUCUGGCACAUCCGGCACAGAUGGGGUUGCUUUCAUCAAGUUCCCAUACAAGCUUGGAAAUCAGCUGAUUGUCACCGCCACAAAACACGCCUACGUGCCAAACUCUGCCCCGUGGAAGCCCAUCCGAUUACCAGUGUUUUCCUCACUGAGCCUUGGCCUGCUUCCUGAACGCUCCGCUACGCUGAUGGUCUAUGAAGAUGUCGUCCAAAUAGUCUCAGGAUUCCAAGGUGCCCGGCCACAGCCUCGAGUUCAUUUCCAGAGAAGGGCCUUGAGGUUGCCAGAGAACACCAGCUACAGCGACCUGACAGCAUUCCUCACUGUAGCCAGCUCCCCAUCAGAAGUGGACAGCUUCCCUUACUUGCGAGGAUUGGAUGGAAACGGGACAGGAAACAGCACCGGGUAUGACUUGACGCCCGUCACAGCCGUCAGCGUGCACUUGCUCAGCGGUAAUGGGAUGCCGGUGCUGGUGGACGGACCCAUCUAUGUCACUGUGCCCUUGGCCACUCAGAGCAGUCUGAGGCACAAUGCCUAUGUCGCAGCAUGGCGGUUUGACCAGAAGCUGGGAACGUGGCUGAAGAGUGGUCUGGGCCUGGUGCACCAGGAAGGCAGUCAGCUCACGUGGACGUACAUUGCUCCCCAGCUGGGGUACUGGGUGGCAGCCAUGUCUCCCCCCAUCCCAGGUCCCGUUAUGACACAGGACAUUACCACGUAUCACACGGUGUUUCUUUUGGCCAUUUUAGGAGGAAUGGCUUUCAUUCUUUUGGUUUUGCUGUGUCUCCUUUUAUAUUAUUGCAGGAGGAAGUGUUUGAAACCCCGCCAGCAUCACAGAAAGCUGCAACUUCCCCCAGCUCUGGAGAGCUCCAAGAGGGAUCAGUCAACAUCCAUGUCUCACAUCAACUUACUGUUUUCUCGCCGAGCAUCAGAUUAUCCUGGGCCUCUGUCUGUCUCCAGCCAUAGCCGCCCAGAGGCCCCAGGGACAAAGGAGUUGAUGGGCGGGGUGCAUUUAGAAAUGAUGUCCCCCAAUGGGGAGGGGGACCUGCACACACCCAUGCUGAAGCUCUCCUAUAGCACCUCACAAGAAUUUAGCUCCCGGGAGGAGCUGCUGUCCCACAAAGAAGAGGAUAAAAGCCAAACAUCUUUUGAUAACUUAACGCCAAGUGGGACACUGGGGAAAGACUACCAUAAGUCUGUGGAGAUUUUUCCCUUAAAGGCAAGAAAAUCUAUGGAAAAAGAAGGCUACGAGGCCCCCAGCAAUGAUGACUACAGAGGUAGUUACAAUACUGUGCUCUCCCAGCCUUUAUUUGAAAAGCAAGAUCAAGAAGGCCUGACAUCAGCAGGAAGCAAACUCACCAUUCAGGAACACAUGUACCAUGUACCUUUAUCGCCUGAGAAAGAGCAACUGCUGGACCGCAGACCGACUGAAUGUAUGAUGUCACGAUCUGUCGAUCACCUGGAGAGACCUACUUCCUUCCCAAGGCCAGGCCAGUUGAUCUGCUGUAGUUCUGUGGACCAAGUCAAUGACAGCGUUUACAGGAAAGUAUUGCCUGCCUUGGUCAUUCCAGCUCAUUAUAUGAAACUUCCAGGGGACCACUCGUAUGUGAGCCAGCCUCUGGUGGUCCCGGCUGACCAGCAGCUGGACAUAGGAAGGCUCCAGGCCGAGCUGUCCAACCCCCAUGCAGGGAUCUUCCCACACCCAUCCUCUCAGAUCCAAGGCCAGCCUUUGUCUUCCCAGGCUAUCUCUCAGCAGCACCUACAGGACGCAGGUGCACGGGACUGGAGCUCUCAGAGUGCAUCUAUGUCAGAGUCACUGUCUAUCCCUGCAUCCCUGAAUGAUGCAGCUUUGGCUCAAAUGAACAGCGAGGUGCAGCUUCUCACGGAAAAGGCACUGAUGGAACUUGGGGGUGGAAAGCCACUUCCACACCCUCGGGCAUGGUUUGUCUCCCUAGAUGGAAGGUCCAACGCUCACGUUAGACACUCAUACAUUGAUCUCCAAAGAGCUGGAAGGAACGGAAGUAAUGAUGCCAGUUUGGACUCUGGUGUGGAUAUGAAUGAACCAAAAUCUGCCCGGAAGGGAAGGGGAGACCCUUUGUCUCUCCAGCAAAGCCACACACCUCUGCAGGAGCACCAGCAAAAAGAUCCCAGAGCUCCUGACAGCACUGCCUGCACGCAGCUCCUGUACCUUGAGGACAUGGACCCGAGCAGCAGUGAGUGUGCGGCCAUGGUCUGCACCCCCGAGGACAGUGCACUGCGAUGCUUGUUGGAAGGGUCAGGUCGGAGGAGUGGCGGGCAGCUGCCCAGCCUGCAGGAGGAGACAACCAAACGAACUUCAGACAUUCCCCUGGAGCCAUUAGCCAGUCCCAACCAGAGAAGAUCCACCAAUGAUGAAGAUGAAGACGACGACGACGAUGACGAUGACCAAGGAGAAGAUAAGAAAAGCCCCUGGCAGAAACGAGAGGAAAGGCCCUUGAUGGCCUUCAACAUCAAAUGAGCCAUCCAUAAGCCCCUAAAAUGCGGAUUAUAAAAUUGCCAAAUAUCCUUUCUCAUGGAAGUGCAUACCUGCGUGUGGAAAAAAAGCUGAGGAGUGAAAACCAUGCAAGUAGAUGCUUACUGCCUUGGCAUGGGAAUUACGGUUAUGACAGAACGAAAGGUGACUAACAGGUGCUGCCCCUCCGAGAAGGUGGCUGCGAGACGUCUGUCAUUCUGCAGACCUGACUUGUCACAGUAGGGAAGCUGACAAACCACAUGUGGGAUUGCUAUGCUCCAAGGAUCACCUCAGUUCUCAGAUUCUGGAAACAGAUGAAACGUUCUUUGCAUUGUCUGAACCCUCUCUAAUUCUAUCAUGAUAACGCUACUGUGACACUCUCACUGGGAAGCUGGGUGGCGAGAACUUUCUGGACGUCAAUGGUAUCUCAAAGGAAAGCUAUGCAUUGCUGCUUCUUUGUUACUUUGCUUAUGCUUUGCUUUAGUUAGGCGUCUCUCUCUCUCUCUCUCUCUCUCUCUCUCUCUCUCUCUC